GAAAUGGCACACGUCUUAAAGUUCCGACAUGCCAAACCUGAUGCUAUGCUAUACGUAUCUCUAAUCUAAUUACUGGCUCGCUAAACAAGAUGCAGUUUACCUCGUCUGCCGCGCGGAGUGGUAUCGGCCGUUGUAACAUGCCGCUUUUCGUCAGCGGUCGCCUCUUGUGUGGUGCAGUGAUCGGCUUCUUAUUUGCUAUUCGUUUUAUGGCCUUCGCAGUGACAGGCACGAAAAAGGAGGAAGGAGCUGCAAUCGAUGAUGUAGCAGCUGCAGUGAAAUCCGCCGAAGCGGCGGGCCUAAGCGCGCAAGAGCGUGGGCGAAAUCAAGGACGAGAGAGCGCCACACUGGAUGCAGCUGAGCAUGAAGACGAGGAACGAGGGUUGUACUCCGAUAGCACAGACGUCGACGUGGAGGCGGACGAAGAUGAAGUUCUUGAAAAUUAUGAACGUUCUUAUCCGCGAGCAGCAGGAACCGUUAAAUUUGAAAUGUCGCACACGGGUUCCCACACGGCUUUCGCUGAAACGAAAGUGGUACAGACAUCAGAAGCAGAACAGCCGGAGCCAGAGCGACAGCCGUACAAGAACCCCUAUGAUAGUACAACAAGCAUUCAGUUACAAGACGAAGAUGGUGGUGGAAAGAUGAAAGCAGAUGAAGAUGUAGGGUCGGUUUUGGAAAAGGACGCCAAGCAACAACAAGGGAUCAGGCCAAAUAAGCAGCUGCAGACCGUGAUAUGCCAUUUUUCCUAAAUGAAGUUGCAUGGUCCUCAGAAUAGAUAGAAAAGAGACCCGAGGUCGCUUCCGAAAUGCGAAACGCGAAAAGCGAAGACGGGAGCAGGACGAACCUAAUACCCGAGUGCAUAUAUAAGAUAGAGAAAAGGCCCCGAACUCGUUCCGGAAAUGCGAAACGCGAAAAGCGACGCAAGAGGGAAGCAGGGCAAGAAGACUCUCCUUCUUCCCCGAAGUGCUUAC